ACCUUUGUAAUGAUAUCCAAAAAUAAAAUCUUGUCGAUUUUAUUAAAAAAAUAAAUAAAUAAUCUUGUCCAAUGUGAAACACCAACUUCCAUAACCGUCGAGGGACAAGAUCCAACUGGCCUGCCGAUGCAACCGUUUCGCGCGUCUUAUGUUUGUUUCAUUGAAUAGUUCCGAGGGAUAUGAAAACAAUAGCACGCAAAUAUAUUGUACUAAACCUUAAAACAUUAAUUUUUUCAUCUUGGGGUUCUUGAAAAUUUCCUACUUUUUACAUUUAAUCGCAGAAUCGCUGAUGAAUAUUCACAUAGAAGCCAUAGAAACUGGCUACAAGGUAACUUGUUGAGCUUUGAUAGAAGGUUAAUUCAGGAGAUUAUUUGCGACUUAGAAGGCUCCUUUGUCUCCCAUUUUUGGUUUGUUCUUGGGUCGAGAUUAUUGCGCAUGCGUUUCAGAAAGUGGGUUUUGUAGCUUGUCUUGUGUUCGUUUUGUUUCAUUGGAUUGCAAAGUUUUGAUCAUAUGCUAUAUCAUUUUUUCCUGUUGACAUAUAGGCAUCAUUUCACAUAUCAAUUUGUUUAUGAGGAUGCAAAUGGUAUACAUAAGUGCUGCCAUUAGCCUUGUUUUCAUCUCCUGCGAAGUUCUGCAGUUCUGUUCAUUGCUUUGAAAUUGCAGAAAUGUAAGCGAUAUUUCUUUCCUUAGGUGAAGAUGGGUGAAGGUGGGACACCUAACAUGAGGUCAAUCGCAUUGGUAACACAUAUGAUGGUUGCGAUGACGAUGAUCGUGAUGAUGUUUGUAGCAGAAGGAGCUGAUACAAACAAUGUUUUCAGUCCCUGCGCUGAUGCACAAGUUCAAAAAUUCGACGGUUUUACCUUAGGUCUUGCAUUUGCAGCCAGAGAUGCGUUCUUCUUCAAUCAGACUCAACUUUCUCCUUGCGAUCUGCGUCUCUCCCUCUCAGGCAUUAGUGCUCAACUUGCUCUAUUCAGGCCCAAAGUUGAUGAGAUCUCUUAUCUUACCAUUAACAGCACCACCUUCAAUUCGGUGUUGUCUGGUGGGCAUAUGGUAGCGUUUGCUGGACAGAAGUAUGCAGCAAGAUCUCUACCAACAUUGGUUGCUGAUACAAGUCACACCAUAAUUAGUUUCACUCUGGUUCUUGAAUUCCAAAAAGGCACUCUUCAAAAUCUGUACUGGAAGAACUUUGGGUGUGAUGCAUGCUCUGGGGACUCUAUUUGCCUGAACAAUCAAAGUUGUGCAGUGCCAACCUCUAAAUGCUUAAGCAGUGGUGGGCCUACAGAUUGCAGUUUGAGCAUACAAUUGACAUUUUCUGGAACAGAUAAGAAUCUUGAUACGCUAAAUUCAUGGUAUGAGGUGGAAAAUCUUCGACAGUACUCCCUUUAUGGUCUGUUCUCCGAUAUUCGUGAUACUAUCACCGGCCAAAAUGGCAUGCCUUUUUGAGCCUGCAUUGCCGGGGUAAUAGCAGUGUUUAUGGUGAGUUCUAAAUUGGCUGAAGUAUUCCGUGUACCAGUGAAAAUUACUCACUUCCUCCAAGAAGCAAUACGCUUUUGGCUCUUUUUUCUUAUUAAAAUUCUUUUGAAAGUUCCCCAUGUGAGAUUGCUUCAAAUAUUAGUAAGAUACUUGGUCUAGACUCUAUACCGAUUCUCUGGCCCCAUGCCUUCCUAGUUUUGUACUAGUUUUACGCAGCUGGGUCUCAUGGCAUUAAAUGAGACAGCCAAACUUCCUUGGCAAAAGGUUUACAUAAAACGAAAGAGGACAUCAUGUCACCAGAAACCUUCUAUAUUAUAAGAGAAACACGAGACGAGGUAAAUGGUCCCUGUAAAAUAUGUUUCCCUAUAGGUUCGUAUAUGUGUUUGCAGGUUUGCCCGAAGUACUUCAAACUUCAAACUUUAUUAAUUAUACUUGUUUUUGAAAUUCCAUAUUACAAGAAAUGAGAUUGUUUGUCGUGCAGUUGGCGGUUGCCACAAACCAGACCAAACACUUUUUAUGAUAAUUCUACAAGAAACUCAUCCCAAAUCUCAAAGCCUCACAACCCACGUGAAAAUCCCGUAUCUUUAACCACGCGCAUCCACUUGAUAAGUAAUUAUACAACUAACAAUCUGGACACAAACUUGCUCACGUCUCCCUGCUUAAAUCAGUCAGUUUCAUGGUCAGGGACGGGGGAAUACCAUGCAGGGGACCGACCUUUGGUUCUAAGCAGCCGGGUAAAUGGCGAAUCCGGCAUUCUAGCUCGCUCUUCUUCCUCGACCUCGUAUAGUGAUUUCGGCAAUCCAUCUGGGAUUGGACAGAGUCUCUCUCCUCCUUUCUCCUCGUUCAACGGCUUGGCUAUGUUGGACCCGGCAUUCUUGUUAUUUUUUAGCAUUGCUGCAAUGCCGUGUAAGCACCCGAUUAAGGAUUUAACGCCCCCUGUUUGAAGAAUCAGCUUCUCCACGUCUUCUUUUGGCGACUCCCUCUGAUGAACAUCAUGAUCAAGAAAAAAUCAUCAAUUUUUUUUUUUUUUUUUUGUAUUGAUUUUUUGGAACUCGUAUUCUAUUUCUUCACUUUCUUUUCCAGCAUCAGGCCCACUCAUAUGAGACGCAUGCCUGGAGGUGUUUUCUCAUCUUCUGUUUCCCUCCGUUUUCACGGCAAUCAAACAGAACGUUUAUGAAACUAAAAUAAUAUAUAAUAUAGCACGAGGCUCUGGGUAUUAUCUGUGCGUUUCCUCUGUUUUCUCAAGCAUUAAAACAGGGUUUGCUUAAUUUAUUAUUCAUAGAAGAAGCUUACUUCAAGAUCUUUGAGUUCGAAAUACGCCCUCCAACAGCUAUAAGAAUCAUCUCCUUCUAGCGUCGAACAAUAAUCUGAAAGAAGAACCAAAAGCCAUGGAAAUGACUACCCAAAAUAACCAACAUCCAAAAACAAAUAAAGAAGAAACCAACCAAGUAAACAAAGACUUUCACAUGGGUCAAACACAAAAACAAGAAAUAAAAAACCUCCAUUCAAAUCUACAAAAAGCGAAAAAAAAAAAACAAAAACAAAAACAAAAACAAAA